UACUGAGCAUUAUUGUCACUCUUGAGAUUUCUGUUUCUGCAACCAUACAAAAAGGCAUAGGCCUACCACUCUAAAACUUUUGGGGGCUAUCAUGCUCGGAGAAGCUUUCCUUCUUGUUCUGAACUGCACAGAAGACACCACGAAACAUGAUGGACGCUCUCACACACUCUCAUCCACCCUCACGACCUGUCCCGACCCCUGCAUGACACACGCCACUGCCAGAUCACCUCUGACACCACGAACUGUGAGAGCUGGCAGGCCCGAAGGCCUGGAAAAGCCAAGGCAGUGCCGGUCCUCUGCACCCAGCAACGCUAUGCCCAUUCUCAGCUGUAGCAGGGAGGAACACUUGGGCAUGACUCUAUAUUGCUCCUGGUGCUGUCCCAGCUUCUACAAGGACUAUCCAGACCUCCGGCUCGCAGGUGACCGGCUGGAGCACUGGAGUCCUCAUAACCCAGACCGGCUCAACCCACCGGACGACGGACCACUGCUUCAAUCUCAGGACUUGAUCUCUCUGGAGCCUUCUUUGGAGCCAAGUCAACAAGCAGUGGGUGUAAGCCAGCAGGACGAGGGGUAUCUUGUCAUGAAGAGUGUUCAGAGCCCAGGCUGGGAGAGAAGGCUCACCAACUCCAUGUUGAACGGCUAUCUGGAGGUCCAAAUGCUGGAGGUGUUUUGUCAGCAUAUGCAAAACAUGGCGUGCUGCGGAUCUUCAUUGCUGGGCGCUGACGUCAUGCCGGCACUGGUGCCCACCAGCCUGACUGUAGCCAAAGAACAGACAGCCAGUCAGGAAGAAGAGCUGGGUUCUUCAUCCAAUAAUGUUGUGCGAUACUUGAGCACUUGCUCAGCUCCAGCCACCUCCCACUUCAGCUCACCUGUGCUGCGAAUUUCAGAAGAUGAGUAGCCACACUUAUAAACACACUCCUGCCCUAAUAAAACUUCCUGUCUUUUGACCAACACACACAUUUUUUAAAGAUAUCUGUGUUGUUAAAGGAAUGUUCUGCGUUCAGUACCCACAUCAUUUGUGGCAUGUUGAUUACCAGAGAUUUGUUUUGACUCAUGCCAGGAUUUUUGUAAAGCAAAAAUAAUGAACAUUAACAUACACAAUGUUUCAAAAGUAUAGACCUUAUGUAGCCCCGCCCCUUUUCAGCGUUGCGCUCGUUGUGUUCUCGCUUUUCUGGUUUGUAUUUCCACAGUAUGAAGGUAAGAUCUUAUGGAUUUAUGAAUGAACCGCUCGUUUUAAAUUCUUCCCGGUCUACUGACAUUUGUCAUGACAUCCACUUCAAACAUUACAAUGCUCAUGAUAACUUUUGUUAACUCUACAAUUAGGUAAAUCCAUGUCACAAGCUUAUUACUCUCCAAGAGCGAUGCUAUAGAAAUAUGAGCUAGUGCAAAAACGGAAGUUCAAAGACAAAAUUCUAAAGAUGGCUGCACGCUUGUUUCUCUGUAUACAUGUUAUCAUAGG